AUGUCCGAAAAAGUGAUAUCCAACCACAUACAAGGACUAUCGCUGAAAAAAGUUCGUGAAACUCGUUGGGAGAGUAGACUUUCUAGCUUCGCUGCAGUUCGUUAUCACUACUCUUCAGUUCAUGAUGCCCUUCAGGAAGAAACGAAUAACCCAGUUGCAGCAUCAGAGGCCUUAUCCCUGAUUCAGAUCAUGGAGCAAUUUGAGUUUAUAGUAACAAUAGUGGCUUGGUAUGAUAUAUUGUUUCAAGUAAACAUUUUAAGCAAGGCUAUGCAGUCUGAAACUAUGGAUUUACCAAACGCUACGCAAUUGCUGAAGAACUGCUAUGAAUUUGUAAAAGAGUACCGGCGUUAUUCAUCUGCUGUAAUAACAGCUAGGGAAAUCGCUUUUCAGGCUAGGAUACGUCUUAUUUUUAAGUCAAUCCGAUCCCGAAAAAAGAAGAGAUUAUUUAAAUACGAGGCCGUAGGUGCGACACCAACAGAUCCUGAAGAAUUGUUUAAAAUAAACGUCUUUUACCCUAUGAUCGAUACAAUUGAGAAUGCGUUGGUCACUCGAUUUACACAACUAUUCAAAUUUAAUGAUACAUGA